AUGGGUGAGCUUGUAAAUGCUGCAAGAACAUUAGGUGAAACAGGAAAUUUUGUAGAUGGUUUUAAAAGACUUGUUUCAAAUGUUUUAACAAACACAAAGAAAUUAUUUAGAUAUACCAUACAUAACGGACGGAUUUUCGAACAGGUAGCAACAAACCCUCCGGUUAUGGCUGCGUUGAUGAUGGUUAGAGAUAUAAAACCACGUAACGACGGGAACGAAGAACAUGAACAACAGAGCCCAACGGGCUCAGAGCCACAUAGUGGCGAGGAUACUGGUCGGGUUAUUCAAGACAUUAAAAACGUGUAUCCUGAAGUUAUUGAUUUAUUUAGAGGAGUUAAUGAUUCAAUUUCAAAACAUUCUAUAACCCUCGAUGAAGAGAAUAAAUUAACAGAUUAUAUAUUCGUCAUUAUUGCAGAAUUAAUGAAGAGAAUAAAUGAAAAAGGAAUUGGUGAUAUCAUUAAUGUCAGCGAUGUAAUGAUGAAAAGAAAUUUUGACUCAUUAUUUACAAAACCGAAAACAGAAUAUAGUCUUUAUGACGUAAUUACCGAAUUAAUGAAAAAGAUUAAUGAUAAUAAGAGUUCUGGCGGAAGAGUUGAAUUAGAAGUGAAUGAUGUUAAUGAGAAAUUAGCCGAAAAAGCAGAUAAAAACCAUGUUCAUUAUAUAACUUCAGACGAACAGAUUAUAACGGACUACCAUGGAUAUUUAACACGAAGUGAUGAAGUGAAGACAAAAAAUGUUAAUGAAAGAAGAUAUAAAUACAUUCGUGCUAAAGGUUAUGACAUAAGCUGUACUGUACAGUAUGAUGUAGCUAAAGCACCAGAAGCAUUUGGUUAUAACGAUGAAAUUUAUGCCUCUACUUUCAAUGUUAACGGU